UUUGGCAGGAGCAGUGAUGUUCUGAAUGACCUCAUUUAACAACGCAGACAAUUCCUUACCGUGACUCACAUCUGAUUUUCUUUUUACGAAGCAUGAGUGUAAAGAAAAAAAAAAAAAAAGAAUUUCAGGAAAUGUCAGCAGACGUAAAAAGUAAAAACAGGGGGAAUGACAAAAAGGGGGCAGCGGUGGAAUAGUAAAGAAUCCCUUUUCCAGUUCUGUAGGGCUUGGUAAUUUUGGCAACCAAUGUGGGCGGGGAAAUGAAUGGGACUACAGGCAUAUUUAGCUUGUCAGUUCUCAGUUGCUCAGACUUGCAAAAGGGUUUUCCUUAACAAGCUGUCGGUUUCCUUUUUAUAUGCUUCAGUUGCUUCCAUUGCACAAGCUGAAAAACCUAUAGUAUAGUAUAACCUCAUAGACAAACUACAUCCUAACAGCAGUACCUACAAGCAAAAAAAAAAAAAUCUCCAGGAAUUUACAAGAAUCAAGGUGGAUUUUUUUUUUUCCUUUUUAAAGCGCUCAAGUGUAUUCAAAAAGCCUUGAAAUAUGAUCGCUUUAGUGCUCCCAUGGAUAUGCAUGUUAAUUGUGAACUCCUUGACUCAUCCUGCUGUUAUAUCCCCACAGGACCCUACAUUAAUGAUAGGAUCAUCACUAAAUGCAGCUUGCUUAGUGGACUCUGACUUAAAUCUGAAAGCAGAGGACCUGUUCUGGACCCUUAAUGGGAGAAGGCUUCCCACAGAUUUGUAUAAGACACUGAAUGGCACAACCCUAAGUGUGGCCUUGAAUAACCUGAACGGAUCCAAGCAGCAAUCGGGAGACAACCUGGUGUGCCACAGCAAAGAUGGGAGAAUCCUUGCAGGAUCAUGUCUUUAUGUUGGAUUACCUCCUGAAAAACCAACCAAUAUUACCUGCUGGUCGAAGAAUAUGAAAGACCUGACCUGCAAGUGGGUUCCAGGUAGUGAAGGAGAAACCUACCUACACACCAACUAUACCCUGAAAUACAAGCUCAGGUGGUAUGGCAGAGAUAACACAUGUCAAGAAUAUCAUACCAUGGGUCAAUAUUCUUGCCACAUUCCUAAGGAUCUUGCUCUUUUCACACCAUAUGAAAUUUGGGUGGAGGCUUCAAACAGACUAGGAUCCAUCACCUCUGACAUAAUAACCCUGGACAUUCUUGAUGUGGUCACCACAGACCCACCAUCAGAUGUUCAUGUGAGUCGAGUCGGUGACUUGGAGGAUCAACUGAGUGUUCGAUGGAGUUCCCCUCCUGCUUUAAAGGACUUUCUGUUUCAAGCUAAAUACCAGAUUCGAUACAGAGUCGAAGAUAGUUCUGAAUGGAAGGUGGUAGAUGAUGUAGGCAACCAGACUUCCUGUCGUCUUGCUGGAUUAAAACCAGGAACUGUGUACUUUGUCCAGGUUCGGUGUAACCCGUUUGGGAUUUAUGGAUCUAAGAAGGCAGGCAUCUGGAGUGACUGGAGCAAUCCAACUGCUGCAUCUACUCCAAGAAGUGAAAGAAUCACCGGGGUAUGUGACCCCAAGAGUGGUGAGCAGAAUUCUACUUUAAGACGGGAAUUAAAACAAUUCUUUGGCUGGGUGAAGAAACAUGCAUAUGGCUGCUCCAACCUUAGCAUCAAAUUAUAUGACCAGUGGAGGGUGUGGCUGCAAAAAUCACACAAAACACGGAACCAGGUAGCCGGGCAGGAGGACACAAAAGAAGCGGAGCUGAGGACUUUAUACAAAACAUCAGCAAAACUUGAGCAUCGCUCUGAAGAAGACUUUUAAGUUCGACUUUUGAGAUCACGAUGGUGAGCUUUGCUGUCCCGAGGAAAGAGAAUCUGACAGAGAUGAAGUUAUGUGUUUUCAUUUCAACGUACAUCGCAUUCCCCUCCAGGUACCAUGGUUUGAAGGUGACCAAAUAGUCUUGCAAAAGACUGUCUUUUACAGAACUAUGUGUUUUGAAUGCUUUAACUAUUUUAAUGCUUAUUUAAAUUUUGUAAAUGUUGGCUAUGUUUUUAAUGCUCACAGAAUUUUACUUUUUUAUGAUUUUAUUUUGAAUGGUUACAUUUUCUUUUUAUCAGUUUUUUUUGUUCUGUUUUUUUUAUGAAUCCAAAUGUCAACAAAAAUUAAAUGAUAUUUUGUCUAAACUAA